GGGGAGCGGAGAGAAAAGGGCAGCCGCAGAGGAAGGGCGCGCGGGCGCGGGGCGGGGGAAGGCGGGGAGCCAUUGGCGAGCCGCGAGAGCAGAGUAGCCGCCGCCAACUGGACACGCUGCCCCGGGCCCCGGGCCAGCCCCCGUGCGCCAUGAAGCGCUAGAGCCGCGGCCAGGGCUGGGGCUGGGCUGGCGGCGGCGGCCAGGUGCGCAGCGAGAGUGCGGAGAGGCGCGCACCCGGCGGAUGCCCCAGCCGGGGCCCGGCGAGCGACAGAUAGUUCCAAUUUGCCAGCAGGAUGGAUACAGAAAGAGACUCAGAAACAACAUUUGAGGAGGAUUCUCAACCUAAUGACGAAGUGGUACCCUACAGUGACGAUGAAACAGAAGAUGAACUUGAAGACCAGGGGCCUGUGGUUGAGCCGGAACAGAAUCGAGUCAACCGAGAAGCAGAGGAAAACCGGGAGCCAGUCAAAAAAGAUUCUACAUGGCAAGUCAAAGCAAAUGACCGAAGCUUCCACGAACAACCUCAAUUUAUGAACACAAAAUUCUUUUGUAUUAAGGAGAGCAAAUAUGCGAAUAAUGCAAUUAAAACAUACAAGUAUAAUGUGUUUACCUUUCUACCAAUGAAUUUGUUUGAGCAGUUUAAGAGAGCAGCCAAUUUCUACUUCCUGGUCCUUCUUGUCUUACAGUCAAUCCCUCAAAUCACAACCCUGGCAUGGUACACCACCCUGGUGCCCUUGCUUGUGGUGCUGGGCAUUACGGCGAUCAAAGACCUGGUGGAUGAUGUGGCUCGCCAUAAAAUGGAUAACAAAGUCAACAACAGGACAUGUGAAGUCAUUAAAGAUGGCAGAUUUAAAAUUGCCAAGUGGAAAGAGAUUCAAGUUGGAGAUGUCAUUCGUCUGAAAAAAAAUGAUUUUAUUCCGGCUGACAUCCUGCUGCUGUCCAGCUCUGAACCUAACAGCCUCUGCUAUGUGGAAACGGCUGAGCUCGAUGGAGAAACCAAUUUAAAGUUCAAAAUGUCACUUGAAAUCACACACCAAUAUCUUCAAAGAGAAAAUUCGUUGGCAACAUUUGAUGGUUUAAUUGAAUGUGAAGAACCCAAUAACCGACUGGAUAAAUUUACAGGAACACUAUCUUGGAGAAACGCAAGUUUUCCUUUGGAUGCUGAUAAAAUUUUGUUACGUGGCUGUGUAAUUAGGAACACCGAUUUCUGCCAUGGAUUGGUCAUUUUUGCAGGUGCUGACACUAAAAUAAUGAAGAAUAGUGGGAAAACCAGAUUUAAAAGAACUAAAAUUGAUUACUUGAUGAACUACAUGGUUUAUACGAUCUUUGUUGUUCUUAUCCUGCUUUCUGCUGGACUUGCCAUUGGCCAUGCUUACUGGGAAGCUCAAGUUGGCAAUUAUUCUUGGUACCUCUAUGAUGGAGAAGACUCUACACCCUCCUACAGUGGAUUCCUAAAUUUCUGGGGCUACAUCAUUGUUCUAAACACACUGGUGCCCAUCUCUCUCUAUGUCAGUGUGGAAGUGAUUCGUCUUGGACAGAGUUACUUCAUAAACUGGGACCUGCAGAUGUACUAUCCUGAGAAGGACACGCCCGCAAAGGCAAGAACCACCACGCUGAAUGAGCAGCUUGGGCAGAUCCAUUACAUUUUCUCUGAUAAGACAGGGACCCUCACACAGAAUGUCAUGACCUUUAAAAAGUGCUGCAUCAACGGGCAAAUAUACGGAGACCAUAGAGAUGCUUCUCAAAAUAAUCAUAGCAAAAUAGAGCAAGUUGACUUUAGCUGGAAUACAUUUGCCGAUGGGAAGUUUGCCUUUUACGACCAUUAUCUCAUUGAGCAAAUCCAGUCAGGGAAAGAGCCCGAAGUCCGGCAGUUCUUCUUCUUGCUCGCUGUUUGCCACACUGUCAUGGUGGACAGAAUUGAUGGUCAGCUCAACUACCAGGCGGCCUCCCCUGACGAAGGCGCCCUCGUAAGCGCCGCCAGGAACUUCGGCUUUACCUUCCUGGCCAGGACCCAGAACACCAUCACCAUCAGUGAGAUGGGCACUGAGAAGACCUACAGUGUUCUCGCCAUUUUAGACUUCAACAGUGACCGGAAGCGGAUGUCUAUAAUUGUAAGAACCCCAGAAGGCAAUAUCAGGCUUUAUUGUAAAGGGGCUGACACUGUAAUUUAUGAACGGUUACAUCAAAUGAAUCCUACAAAGCAAGAGACACAGGAUGCCCUGGAUAUCUUUGCAAGUGAGACUCUUCGAACCCUGUGCCUUUGCUACAAGGAAAUUGAAGAAAGAGAAUUUGAAGAAUGGAAUAAAAAGUUUGUGGCUGCCAGCUUAGCCUCAACUAACCGGGAUGAAGCUCUGGAUAAAGUGUAUGAGGAGAUUGAAAAAGACUUAAUUCUGUUGGGAGCUACAGCUAUUGAAGACAAGCUACAGGAUGGAGUCCCAGAAACCAUUUCAAAACUUGGAAAAGCUGACGUUAAGAUCUGGGUACUUACUGGAGACAAAAAGGAAACUGCUGAAAAUAUAGGAUUUGCUUGUGAGCUUCUCACUGAAGACACCACUAUCUACUAUGGGGAAGAUAUAAGUGCUCUUCUUCAAACAAGGAUGGAAAACCAGAGGAACAGAAGUGGAGUCUAUGCAAAAUUUGUAGCCCCGGUGCACGAACCCUUUUUUCCACCUGGCGGAAACCGUGCCUUAAUAAUCACUGGUUCGUGGUUGAAUGAGAUUCUUCUAGAGAAAAAGACCAAAAGAAGUAAGAUUCUGAAGCUGAAGUUCCCCAGGACAGAAGAAGAAAGACGAAUGCGGACGCAAAGUAAAAGGAGGCUGGAAGCUAAAAAAGAGCAGCAGCAGCAGAACUUUGUGGAUCUGGCCUGCGAGUGCAGCGCAGUCAUCUGCUGCCGGGUCACCCCCAAGCAGAAGGCGAUGGUGGUGGACCUGGUGAAGAGGUACAAGAAAGCCAUCACACUGGCGAUCGGAGACGGGGCCAAUGACGUCAACAUGAUCAAAACUGCCCACAUUGGUGUUGGAAUAAGUGGACAAGAAGGUAUGCAAGCCGUCAUGUCAAGUGACUAUUCCUUUGCUCAGUUCAGAUACCUGCAGAGACUGCUGCUGGUGCAUGGCCGGUGGUCUUACAUAAGGAUGUGCAAGUUCCUACGAUACUUCUUUUAUAAAAACUUUGCAUUUACUUUGGUUCACUUCUGGUACUCCUUCUUCAAUGGGUACUCUGCACAGACGGCGUACGAAGACUGGUUCAUCACCCUCUACAACGUGCUGUACUCCAGCCUGCCUGUGCUCCUCAUGGGGCUGCUUGACCAGGAUGUGAGUGACAAACUGAGCCUUCGAUUCCCUGCCUUAUAUGUUGUGGGACAAAGAGACUUACUGUUCAACUAUAAGAGAUUCUUCAUAAGCUUGCUGCAUGGGAUUCUAACAUCGAUGGUCCUCUUCUUCAUACCUUUUGGAGCUUAUCUGCAAACUGUGGGACAGGAUGGAGAGGCGCCUUCAGACUACCAAUCUUUUGCUGUCACAAUUGCCUCUGCUCUUAUAAUCACGGUCAAUUUCCAGAUUGGCUUGGAUACUUCUUAUUGGACUUUUGUGAACGCUUUUUCAAUUUUUGGAAGCAUUGCACUUUAUUUUGGCAUCAUGUUUGACUUUCAUAGUGCUGGAAUACACGUUCUCCUGCCAUCCGCAUUUACGUUUACAGGCACAGCUUCAAAUGCUCUGAGACAGCCGUAUAUCUGGUUGACCAUCAUUUUGACCGCUGCAGUGUGCUUACUGCCCGUUGUUGCCAUACGUUUCCUGUCAAUGACCAUUUGGCCAUCAGAAAGUGAUAAGAUUCAGAAGCAUCGCAAGCGGUUAAAAGCAGAAGAGCAGUGGGAGCGGAGGCAGAACGUGUUCCGCCGGGGUGUGUCCUCGCGGCGCUCGGCCUACGCGUUCUCCCACCAGCGGGGCUACGCCGACCUCAUCUCCUCCGGCCGCAGCAUCCGCAAGAAGCGCUCUCCCCUGGAUGCCAUCAUAGCCGAUGGGACAGCAGAAUACAGGCGAACUGUGGAGAGCUGAUGCCUUUGCCUCCAAAUGGUCUGUCGCGAAAGAAUCACACAUUUCCAAGAAAGGAAAUGUCUAUUUUUUUAUGGAAAACUCUCAGGACUUUUUUUUUAAUUGAAUUUGCAAGCUUGUUGAAGACAAUAAGCUUUAUAACAAACUACUUGGGUUGGACUAUUAAGCAAUAGCAAAGCCAAGACCACCUUUUAUAAAGAGUCCUAUUAUUCAACUGUUUAUGCUCAUUAUGAUUUAAAGGGAACAUUUUAACCCAAUCUCAAUCUAGGACAACAUAAUUUAAAAUGUCAUAUUUCAGUUCAAAUGGUAUUUCAUUAUAAAAUUAUAAUUAGAUUUUUCCAGACUCUCCUUUUUUCUUGUAGGCCACCUUAUUAACAAAGAUCCUUUGCUUACAAUGGUAAUGACAGAAGAUCCGUGCAUGUUCGUCAACUUGGAAGCUAAGUGGUCCGAUGACUUUUUCAGGGUUGAUAAUAGGUUGCAUGGUUUCACGUUCUCCUCACAUCGGUUUAAUAAUUCAAUUAAAUCAGGGAAAAUUACUUCCAAUUGCAUUAAGUACGAGGUUUCGGUAUGUUUUGGUUUACUACUAGGUUAAAAUAGCACAUUACAUGUGUUUACUCUUACUAUCACAUAUUAUCUUAGCCACUUCCUGUAGUACAAGUGAAUUUAUUGUGUAUGUCAUGAAAAGAUGCAUUUAAUUAUUUAUGCCUUUUUUUUAAAAAAAAAUAGUUUUUAAAAACUGAGGAUAUCAGUGAUAAAUUGCAGAAUAUUUUGCAAAGCUUUCUUUUGAAAAGCAAACUUUGUGCCUGCCUAUAUGUAAAAGUAUUUUAUAAGGGACUGGAACAGAGACCUCACUCUUUUUCGCUUGCCUUAUGUCUUGAGAGAAAAGGUUGGUAGCCACAUUUCUAAGGCUGAGUAACAGUGUAUCCUCUUAAAAUUGAAGAUAACUUUAGGCAACCAUGGAAACUACCCUCAGAGGUAAAACUUAUUUUUCCAGAGGGUUUUCUCAUUCUCCAUCUUUCACACACUAGUUUCAGUAUGCUAGUGAAGAUACACAAGUGUUUUCAAUAAUUCUGUUCUUUACCCUUAGGCUGCGAAUGUUCACAAUAUCUGUUCCUUUGAAUUCCUAUGAGGAAAUCACAGCGUGUAUAUAGUUUGUUUUCUGGGUAUGAUAAAAGGAUGUAUGGCUCUUUAUUCCAUGGUAGUAAAUUUCGGAAAGUUUACAACUUUUCUUUAUCUUGUAAAUAAACAGAAUUGUAAGUUUUGGGGGUUGUUUUGUAAAAAGUUAGCUUGUGUAAUUCUGUCGGUUUCAGAUUUCUCUCCAGUUUUGCAAAUUGUGGGAAGGGUCGACAGUGCAAAAGUGUCAAAGACCUACACUGUUGGGUGCAAUAUUACCAAUUUUAAAAUGCAAAUUGCUUUCGAUAAAUUAUUUCUAUAUUCUGUAAAUCUGAGAUUCAAUGUAUAUUUUUGUU